CGCCUAAAAUUAUGACGAUAAAACCAAUUCUGAGCUUAAAAAAGUCGUAUAAUUAAGUUUGGGGAAAUUUCCAAAACGAGGUCGUAAGUCGAAUUGGUGUAUAUAAAGCCUUGUGCACCAUUUGCUACUGUCAGUAUCCAGGCACCGUGGAGCAGAGGGGCUGGGGGGCUUUAGCCAAAAAUGUACAAUAUUAAUAGAAGAACCACCAGUAAAGCCUCUUGUUAUUCGGUUUUAGUCCCCCCACUCUCUUAGACCCCCCUCUUGUCUCAACGCUCCGUGGUGCCUUGUAUCGUAGCCAGGAUGGGGGCCAUACCUCAAAGAACUGUAACUUUUCUUGCAAAAGCUAUUGAGCUAAAUGUCACUUUAUCAUGAGCAAGACAUAUAAUUGAUAUUGAGGGUCGUUUGGCCUUCUAAAAGUCUUCAUUAGUCAGAAAACCUGGAAAUGUAUUUAAAAUUUUCUUGGCACUUAGAAUCUUAAAAUACUCGAAAAUUUUGUGGGGGAGGAUCGAUAAAGGAAAAAUUCCUGUUGAUCGUUCUGAUGGGAAACCCUUGUUCGUUGGUAGAUUUCGGUUGGGCGGCCAUUUCCGUUCUUUUUAAACUCAAUAUUGAAGUACGUAAUUGUGAGAGAUUCUGUUGCCUCUAAUAGUCGACAUCGAACCUUUAUAACGAUUCCAUUUGGUAUGUAAGACAGGAUUAGUUUUCCAAAGAACAUUCUAGAUUCACAGACUUCGCAGGCCUUGAAAACCUUGAAAAUGCGAGGCUUUAGAAUCUCAGAAAUUGCGGGGAAUAAGGAUGUUCUUUUCCCGCAUCACCUCCAUGUGGCGUAUUUCUAUGAAUAUUGGCCUUAAAUGAUGGCAAUAAUGAUUUCGUUUCAUUCGCUGUAGGCGUAUGUGGUUAUCUUAAAUGCUUCCUUAAAAACAUGUAACGACAUAAUGUGAUCGUUAAUCAGCCUGUUUAUUGCAUUGCAAAGAAUUUGAAAGCUGAGCUCAUCAGCAAACCUGGAAGCGAUGGAGAAGCAAGCGGUGGCUGUUGUUUUUAUUCUGGUUGCUCUUUACUUGGGCGUGCCAAUUGAAAUUGGAAAAGCUGAUGGGCUAUGUUUUGGCACCGAAGAAAACAAAACCACUUUGUGUCAUAUGAAUGGUAGCUGUCUCGGCAUCAAUAACCAGUCGCUGUGCAGUUGCAAACCUGGUUUUACUGGUAAUGGCUCGAGCUGCCAUAACAUAGACGAAUGUCUCAGUAACAAGUGUCCUGAAAAUUCUACAUGCAUGGAUACAAUAGGGUCGUUCAUUUGCAGUUGUGAUGGUGGAUACUUCUGGAAUGGAAGUCAAUGUGUCGAUGAAUGUCUAACAAAUGGACACAAAUGCCACGACCAUGCUUUUUGUUCAAGUACAAAUGGAUCGUAUUUUUGUAUUUGUGCUGCAGGACAUACAGGGAAUGGGACAUUUUGUGAGAAAAAUUAUGUGGACUGUACAGAUUUUCCCGGGUCAUGCUGUGCGUCUAGAAAUGGCUUUUCGAAAAAUGAUUCUGGUCAUUGCGUUGAUAUUGAUGAAUGCCAAAAUGGAACCGACGUUUGUCCUCAGUCAUCUAUCUGCGUUAAUACUGAAGGAUCAUACACGUGCACUUGCAAAUCUGGAUUCUCUGGGAACGGCACUCACUGUCAAGAAAUUGACCCGUGUAGCUCUGAGAGUCUGUGCCAUUCAAACGCAACGUGUACUGUCGUAAAUGGAACCUAUCGUUGUAUUUGUAGCAAUGGUUUCAUCGGUAAUGGAACAUAUUGCGAAAAUAACAACGAAUGUGACAACCACACCAUUUGCAACAGUCAGGCAGAAUGUAUUGACACCAGAGGCUCGUAUUUUUGCAUGUGUAAAAAUGGGUACACAGGAAAUGGAACACAUUGUUCUGAUAUCGAUGAAUGUCGCAGUGACCAAAGACCAUGUCGCUCUUUUGAUGCAUGUGUAAAUACAAUUGGAUCGUUCAAAUGUCAAGACCGAUGCAGACAAUCUUCUUGCCCAGAACUCUCCUUCUGUCGUAAUAUCCCAACAGGACCCUUGUGCAGAUGCAUUAAUGGCCUUUACCUGUCAAACGAACUUUGUGUCAAGGCAAAGACGAUAUUCCAAGUUGAUGGUGUUCGCCUUAAUCGCACGUUUAUACCUAGAUAUGCAGAUAGACGAUCGAGUGAAUUUACUGAACUGGCCACUGAAGUUGAAAGUCAGUUUCUGCGGGCAUUCCGCGGUACAAAGCUCGGUCCUGGACUAAAGGCAAUCCAAAUUUUUGCACUGAGAAGAGGAAGCAUUGUACUCUCUUUCUACUUACUCUUUGAUCAGAAACCUACUGUAACAACAACCCAGAUUGCUGAACUUGUCAAGAAUCGUUCAUUUCAUUUAUCGUUCAGUCCAGAAAGACAAACGCGGCCAGUUGUACGAGUGACAAAUCAUUGCGAAACUGGAAGUCAUGGCUGCGAUAAAAACGCUCGCUGCAUACCAACAUCCUCAAGAUCUGAUUACCAGUGUCAGUGCAAAGCAAAAUAUGAAAUGAGGAGUGGAAAAUGCAGCAAAAGUCGUACAUAUGCCGAAAUAAUAAUACCAUCUGUGAUUGGAGGCUUGUUGUUUUUAUUUUUUCAUUUUUGCUUAUUGCUUUGUUGUGCAAGAAAAGACGGUUAAGAAAGGCAUCGAGAAAGGAAGCAAAAUUUUACGAGCCUCAUCUUGAAAUUUUUCGGGUAGAGGCUGGAAAUGAAAACCAUGGAAUACAGAUGCAGGAUACAUCAUCUAAAGAGGCGAAGAAGUGAAUGAAAGAUAAACAAUAGGCCUAUUUGUGUAUAUAUUUAGUUUGUUUUGUUUUGUCAAAUACUUUAGCCAUACAUUAUUGAUAACUUUGAGAACCAUUUGUACGUUAUGAAAGUCUUCAAUCAGAAGGGAUUGUAUAACAUAUAUUCAAUUCUCUGUAUACUGAUUAAAUGUAAUUAAAUAAUUAUGUCUAGCAUCUAUCAACAGACUCAUUGUCAGCUACAAUAGCAUUAACAUCAUUCGAAAUAAAAUGAACAAACAAAUUUCAGAGUAUCAAAUUAUUCAAAUAAAAAAGGGGAAGAUUUUGGCAAUAAACAGAAUGUUUAACUGGCAGAACGCAUAGGCACACCAGC